AUGGCAGCUAUAGCAGAAAUGGGGGAGGUUGAGGAUAUGAUUUCUAAGGAAGAAGGUAACAUAAUUACGAAUGGUGACUUGUCCAAUGAUGCAAUCAUGGAAGAGAACCAAGACAGUCAGGGCAAUAUCAAAAAAUCAGCGAGCCUUCCAGAACCGAUGGACACAGACGAAAACGAUGUCGAUACCAAAGAUAGCAAAGAAGCUGAACAAAGUAAUGAAGCAGAAGAAAGCAAUGAAGAAAUUGAAAAUAUCACCGAAGAAGAAGCCGUCUUAGAAGAAAUUACUAAUCAAUCUGAAGACAUUGAUGAUGAUGAUGAUAAUGAAAUUGAUAAUGAAGCAAACGAAGAGAUAAUUGAACAACGUUCCGAGGAAAACGUAGACGAGAGUAGCCAAGGAACAAAGGCUAGUGAAGACGACGAUGAGUCUAAAGUUAACGAAGAAACUAACGACGAGGAUGAAAAUUCCAAAUCGGCACAGGAUGAAAAUUCCAAAUCGGCACAGGAUGAGAAUUCCAAAUCGGCACAGGAUGAAAAUUCCAAAUCAGCACAGGACGAAACUAGCCAGCAGAGUACCGAGGGUUCAGAAAAGUCUGCCAAAAAGUUUGAGGAUAAUUUCAUCAAAGAGAAAUUCAUCGAAAUUCAUGAAAUAGAAUCUGAUGAUGAUGAAGAGGAAGAUAAUAGUAAAAGUAAUAAAAUUAGUAAUAGUGAUCCUAUUGAAUUGAACGAUUCGGGUGGGGAAGACGAAGGAGAUGUAAUGAUAGUAGAUGGAGAUGAAGGUGAUAGUCCCAAGGAAAAUGGCGAAAUUAUAGAUUUGGCGACCCCUGAAAAACAGAUGCAGUCUGCGAAGCCUUGCAUCACUCCUAGACGUAGCUCUCGGAACUUGAACAAAAACAAAUCGUACGCUGAAAGCGACAAAGAAGACAGUGACAAAGAGGAAAAACGCAGUGGUCUAUCUACGCAACCCCUAUCCGAAACUCCACCGUUACGAAUCCCCGCCGAAGUCCCAGCAGUUGAAGAAGAAGAGGAAUCCGACGUGGAAGAGGUCCUGCCUCAGGAUCCUUUGGCCUGCAACGACGCUAUCACCGUCGAAAGGAUACCCGCGGAGAAAGCGAAACCUAUUGUGAAACCGGCUCCCGCGAUCGUCGUGAAUGACACUAAAAAGUUAGUGGAAAUAGCUUCGAAAUCGACCAACUCGGUUCAGGGUAAAAAAGAACCAACUCUGGUGAUUAUAGAUACUAAUUCAAUUUUGUCAGGUCGUGGUCCCAUUCCCAUGCAUACCAAUACCAACACCAAACCCAAUGCUAUAUCCUCGUCCAAUUACCAAACUGUCCUUCCCAUGGCGCUGCCCGCUCAAGGCAUGUACCCUCCAAACAUGCGAGCAACGAUUACCCCGAUUCCCGUGAACGCCGCUUCGCUUACCCCCCAGCCCCAACCUAAACUCUCCCCUGCUACGAUUACACCGGCCAUGACGACGCCGCUGUUACCCACGUUGACUGACGACAUGUUCGUGGUGGAGGCGCCGUCUUUUAUCGUACCCUACGUGUACGAAAAGCCCCCGGUGAAGGACUUUAAGGAUUUCGUAAAGGAUAUUCAGACACAGAUUGAUGCGUGCAGGAAGGCCUUAGAGGAGGAAGAAAAGAAAGCCGAAAAGGAUGAGGACGAUAGCGGCAAGAGUGAUGAGGAUGAGAAAGAGGACGUAAAGGAGGAAAAAAUUAAAAAAGAGGACAAGACCGAUCCUAUGUACGUACCGGAGAUCAAAAAGGACGCGGAAGAUCCGAAGAAGCCGUACUCGUACUUCGACAGCCCACUGGGCAAAUUCUUCAUCAACAUCGGUCUAAACUUCGUUCAAGAGUUCGUCCAAACCGAUCUGCUAAAGCAGCAGAGGCGGAAACACAGCCGCGAGGGUGGCUCCAAUCCCGAAACCGAAAAGACCAUCAAGUCGCUGAUUAAGAACCUCGAGUUCUCGAAGGAAAACAAUGGCCACUUCAAGACUGUGUUAAAGAAGUGUGAGUUUUGCAAUUUCAAGACCGAGUCUGCGUUAGCGAUGUCAUACCAUUUGGAGACACCGCACAUGAAGAAUUUCGUGUACAAAUGUAAUUUUUGCGCGUACGAGGUGCGGAGCCCGCACGAUAUUUUGUUUCACAUGGAGGCGGAACACGCGGUGCGCGGGCAUCUCGAGAGAGCACCCGCCUUCCAUCAGUGUCCCAAUUGUCCGUUUGAGGAUAACCAGAAAGGUAAACUUUCUCGGCAUUUGGUGACGUGUAUGAGAAAAUUCAAGCCCGAACGGAACCUGGAACCCCCGGUUGAUUGGGAACCGCCAGCGAAGAUACCAAGAGUGCCUAAAAUGAGACAGCAAGGUCUUAAUGCCACAGCGGCCGCAUACCAGGCCAUGUCCAAGACGACGCAGUACCAAUUCCUGUCUAAGAUGCAGCUACAGAGUACUCAAAACGUCCUCAACAGGGGUAGAGGUCGUCCGUCGCUAGGUACGAAUAUCAACAUAAAGCCUCAGAGUUCAUUGAUACGACCGCCAGGUAUGGUGUUCAAACAACAGACUGUAUCUGGAGGUGGGUCUGUGUUGGUACCCACCAGUUAUCAGUUGAGCGGUAACCAGGUGUUCCAGGUGGUGGGAGGACAAGAGAUAAGUGGCGGUCGGCUUGGUAACCCCGGCCACGUCUUUCUCCCCAACAUGCCUUCCGCCUCUAGCACUUCAAUGGCCCUUCAGAACCAAGCGAAUCAAUCCGCGUCAGGAAAAAAGCCCGCUCAACAGCCGAGCAUAUCUAUAACGCCUCUACCUCGCGGCACAACGGCCACCGUGUCACCCGCUUCCUCGGGCGGAGCCAAACCCGGCGAUACCAGUUCCAAGAACUCGUUCGUCAUUUGCGAAAUCUGCGACGGCUACAUCAAGGACUUAGAACAGCUCAGGAACCACAUGCAGUGGAUACAUAAGAUCAAGAUUCAUCCGAAGAUGAUCUAUAAUAGGCCGCCUUUAAAUUGUCAGAAGUGUCAGUUUAGGUUCUUUACUGAUCAGGGAUUGGAGCGACAUUUGUUGGGUUCGCACGGAUUGGUCACGUCUAGUAUGCAGGACGCGGCUAACAAGAGCAAGGAUUCGGGACGGUGUCCUGUUUGCGGAAGGGUGUACCAAUGGAAACUGCUGAACCACGUAGCCCGCGACCACAACAUGACGCUGAAACCGGCCCAUCUGUCGUACAAGUGCACGGUGUGCACGGCCACCUUCGGCAUGUACAAACAGUUCGAAAACCACGUCUAUUCCGCCCACAGCGUCGUCGCCAAGCGUGUCAUGGAUAAGAAAGGCGUCGCGCCCGGUGCGUCCGGCGGCUCGACCACCGCCACUAAAACUUCGACGGCUGAUCAACUCAAACCGUUGAAAAUCAACGACGAGAUCACGAUAAUCCCGCAACCGGCCAAAACCGCGGCCGCUGCUGCCUCGUCUUCUGCGACCUCUACGGCCAAUGGGAAGGAGGAAAAGAGCUCGCCAAGCACAAGCAAAAGUAGGUAG